UCGUUUGGCUCUUUUACCUUUUAUUCUCUCUCUCUUUUAUAUAAAUCUCCGCAGCGCGUGAGAGCACCGGACCGCUCGGACAGUCGGAACGCUCCCCUCGGCUCACGAGCGGUGCGAAUGAAAAGACGCUUGUGUUUGCAAAUAUGCAGAUGCCCUAUAUUUAUCAAAGGGAGGGGAAUGAGACUUUUUUGAGGACUGUUCAAAGUUACAAUGACAUCCAGCCAAGACGAAUAAGUUGGCAGUGAAAUAACAAGGGAAUGUGCUUAACCAACGCGACGUGUUGGCGCAUACCGCGCGCUGUCACCAUAGACACAUCUCUCGAGAUGAGACAAAAGGGAUUUUGUUUUACUUUCUAAAUGAUCGGCGUUACAUCUGCUAGACAAUUUGCCCAUAUGUAUUAGCUGCAUUGGUGCAACUUUGCCACGCGUAACCAAAUAGGCGCACGGAAUAGUUGCAUUUACGGGUAUUUGUUUGUUGUUUGGCUGUACUGUGGUCACUGUAAACAUACUAUUGUGACAUUUUCUGUUUUUAUUGGUUGUCUGGAUUAAAAUAUGUGGGUUUUACCGAGUCGGAAUGUUUGAAUUAUUCAGAAUUCCUCUUGGAGAGAGGAUUCUCAAGCCUUAGUGAACGGACCCCUGAGAUGUUUUUGAGGCUCGACUAGUGUGGACCGCUGCUCCAGUGGUCUGAUUCUCCAGCUGUGCACGCGUCAAUCUCGUCUUGGCUUCGGUCUUUGUAGGAACAUUGCAACUCUAUUCCCUGUCCAUCCUAAGCUCCCUCAUCUCCCUCUCCCUCCCCCUCACUUCGUGGCCCAUGUCUGCCAGUAGAGGGUCCAUGGAGGGAAGUCGAGCCAUAGAGGAUGAGGAGGCGCAGGACAGCUGCUGCGGGGAUGAAGACUCAUCCCCAGUGGUGGAACGGAGAAACCGCAGUGGCAUCAUCAGCGCUCCACUCAGCAAAAGCCUGAAGCGUUCACGAGCUCUCUCGCAGUACAUCGCAACCUGCUCGGCCGCUGCUGUGGCCAGUGUCGCAAAUGCUAACAGACUCGCCCAGAGCUCAAUGGUGGCGGCAGGUGUCAAAGCUCACUCUACCGCUAGCCAGCACAGGUCACAAGUCGGGUACGCCAAACUGGACCGGGCUGCGUUGAUGUCUGGCCUUCUGGACUCUCCGAGUGGCCUGCAUCUCGCCCAGGCCGCCGAGCUCCUGCGACGGGCGGGGAUGCUGCUUCCUGUCAGCGAUCCGUCCAAUGUUAGUGUGGGUGGGGACAUGGAGACGGUCUCUGCUUCUGAUUCGCUGGGCAGUGUGAUGGACUUCCCGUUGCUUGGUGGAGUGGGCGGGAGUUUUCCUUAUCACCCGGGGCUGUUCAUAAUGACGCCAGCAGGAGUGUUCCUCGCUGAUGGGGCGCUCUCGCACGUGACAGGCACGUCGGAACACCAGCAGACGCAGAGCGAGAUUUCUUCAGCCAUCAGCGCCAAUGGGAAGAAAAAGCGGAAGCGAUGCGGCCUGUGUCCACCUUGCCGGCGCAGGAUUAACUGCGAACAGUGCAGCAGCUGCCGCAACCGCAAAACCGGCCAUCAGAUCUGCAAGUUCCGCAAGUGCGAGGAGCUCAAAAAGAAACCUGCUGGCGGGCUGGAGAAAGUGAUGCUGCCAACCGGAGCUCCUUUCCGAUGGUUUCCGUAGGGCAGCUGGACCCUCCCCCCAUGACUUCCAUCCCAUAAUGAAGGACUCCCGAUGGACGGUGACGUCACUCCCACUCAGAAAGCUGUGGGGCUUGUAAACACUAGGUGCAAACAAACAAAUAAAACAAACGAAGAGCAGAAUGAAAGCACUAUUUGAGAAUGAACAUGUCCUGAACCAAAAAUAAACAGUGAAUGGCGGAAUGUCAUUCCGUUUUUCUUUUUUUCCUGUGUUCCAUUUCGGAACCAUCUGAGUUCUACUUCGGAAUCUUGCCCUUUAUUUGGAUACUUUGGAACUAUUUGCCGCCAAAUGGAAAACGGACAAUCAUUUUUAUUUGUGUGUUUAGUGGUUUUGUUUGUCCAUGUGUGGAGAAAUGCCGUAAUUUCGUUUAGAGAAUGUAAUCCCAAGGCUCUGUUUUAAAGCUUGUGAUAAUUAAGGAGCACUAUUGUAAUUUAGCACAGUGGUUCUUACUGACUGCCUCAAUGUUACGAUUGCCUUUUUAUGUCAAGUUUUGUUUGUUUAUUUGUCUGUUUUUUGAUUUGUCAUUCAGUUUUCAAGAUGCUCAAUAUCUGAUACAAAGAAGACCGUGAAAAACGCUCCAAUGUAGCAUCACUUACUUCAAACAUGCUUGAAAGGUCCUUUUGGGUUUGUCGUUCUGGUUGUUUGUUUUUAAAUGCUGUAGGUCUGCUGGGAUUGGAGGGAAGGUGAAGCUGAUGGAACUACACUAUGUAGACCAGAUGAUGGUGUAUUUGUGUACCAGUUAUGUGUAGGACUCACCUCCUUUUUCUUGUAGCCUUGUGGGAUUGGUCAGAUGGAAGACAAGGUCCUUAGCAGAUCUGGGACUCCAAAAUUCAGGAAAUUAUUGAUGUUUUAUGAUAAUAUUUCUUUGAUUAGGAUAUUUUAUUGCUGAUUUACCCCAAGACCUGAGUUCCAGUACUCCUUUAAGUCCUUUUCACAUGGUUAACACCAUUGAACUCUAGUGUGAAGUGGCAAGCAAAUGUUCUAUAUCUAUAUCACUAUUGUG